GCCCCGCCCCCCGCCACGCGCCAGCGCCGGCAAGCCGGCCGCCCGUUGCCCUGGCAACCUUCGUGCCGCGUCUUCCUGAGGGAGCUCCUGUCAGCUCCAGGAUCCCACCGCCCGCUCCCCACUGCCCCGAGGUUUUCGCGUGGGCUCGGAGUCUGAGGGACAACAAAAAUGGCGGAGCGGAGCCAGACGGCGCCUGAGGCAGGCAAUGAUACGGGAAAUGAUGAUGCCAUCGGAGGAAAUGUGAGCAAAUAUAUGGUGCUUCCAACUGGAUACUGUGGACAACCCAAGAAAGGACAUCUUAUUUUUGAUGCUUGCUUUGAAAGUGGUAACCUUGGCAGGGUGGAGCAGGUCUCUGAGUUCGAGUAUGAUCUAUUCAUUAGGCCAGAUACCUGUAAUCCGCGCUUCCGAGUCUGGUUCAACUUUACUGUUGAAAAUGUGAAAGAAUCACAGCCUAUGUACAUUGUUCAGCUGGCCUACUGCAUCCAGGGAACCCACUAAUGCCUAAGAAUGGGGCUGAUUACAUUUUAACAACAGAAUUAUCUAGCAUCAUUAUGCCCUUUACUAAAUAGAAACUUAGCUGAAGCUCUGAAAUUAUACUAUUUCUUUAACUUUGAGUCACAUUCAUUACUGGUCUAGUUUUUCUUUCACUGUAAUCUCUAUAAAGAUUGAUUUUCUACAGCUUAUUCUUGUAAGGAGGGGAGUAGAGGAUGCAGUGAUUAGGGAGUUGGGAGAAAUGUGUUCCUUUAGUUAUAACACCUGAUAUAGUUUUUUAGACAAAUUACUCAUGCAUUUAAAAUUUUCUUAUUUACUCUUAUUAUGUGCUUAUAGGGAUAUUAUUUUUAUUGUUUAUAAUGUCAUAGUCAUAGUGUUGUAACUUGCACAUUACCUGUUAAAAGUAUACAGCCUUUAUGGUGAUCUUGCCUAUCAAUUAAAUAGCAAGAGACAUGAAUGUGUUCCAAGGGUUAUUCUAAUAAGGGAGUUGAGUAUGUUUUCUGGAUGCAUAUUUUUAACGUUUUUGGAAGUAAUAUCUUCUCUGUUUUUUCGGGUUCUAUGUACAUACUCAGUGCUAUCCUGCCGUGUUACCAUUAGAAAUCAUAAACAUGUUCAUCUGGUUUCCAGGAUCCUGAUGCUUUAUCAGACUCUUUCUAUGGGCCACUGCUUCAUUAACUGUAAUAAUAUUAUAUAGUUAUGAAAAUCUGUCUCAAGAAGGCAUAAGAUCUACUGAAUAGAUACAAUAUAUAUGCCUAGCUCACAGGAUAUUUGUUUUCAUGGUGUCUACAUAAAAGAGAAUGGUUUUACUAUUAACUUUGACUUGUGAAGUCUGGUUUUAUAAUGUCCCUUCCUAUAAUCUUUUUCAUCUCUCUUCAAUUUCCUUUAAAGUGAGAGCUGCAUGAAUGUAAUCUAGUCAAGAACAUUAUUUAGGGCAUGGUAGUGGCAGAGAAAAA